AUGAGAGCAUCGAAGGCUCAAACCAUUACGUCGCGUCUCAAAGGGGCUGGUGAUUGUGUCAUGCACGUGCACAUGUGUUACGACGACGGAUGCUACUACGGUCUGGACCAAAUAGCUUCUGACGUCACCAUCACAGUAGACGCGACGCGACGAGUACAAACCUCGCGUCCGCGCCGUCUUUUAUCAGAAGUAUCCUCAGUUCUUCAUCAAUCAUUCGUCCAAGAAGUGCCAGGCUAUUUUCUUCGCAAGUUCAUCUACUUUCACCGUGCCAUCUACCGCGGAGAUGGCAAGAGCCCAAGUCCUGCAAAGUCCGAUGAGUCGAUAGCUGGCACGAAGAGGAAGCCAGAGAUUGAGCUGUCCCCAAAUCGCAACCAUAAGACAGCUAAGAAACAGACGACGAUAGAAGAGACUCUCGGCAGCGAACAACAAGAUACCAAAAUGAAACAACCCAGUUCCGACCAUGAUGAAGACGGAGGGAUCAAUGUCGAUACCGAAAAGGAGGUCAAUAGCAAAGCUUCAGAUGAUACUGCAAAGGCGCCGACGACGGCCAAUGCUGACGCUGACCAAGACCCGAAUGAGAACACGGGAGCAGCAACCGAGGCAAAUGGAGAUGGACCUAUCGAUGUGUCGACCCAGCGCGCGGCGGAAGUCCCGUCAAACAUACUCGAGAAGGGCAUCAUAUACUUCUUCACCCGUAAUCGCGUAGGCAUCUCAGAUUCCGACAGCGUUGGUGACCUACAGCGUACUUUCUUCGUGCUGCGGCCUAUUCCCACUGGGGCCAAGCUGGGCGAUGGUGCUCUGGCCGAUCAGGACAACAUCCGCCUGCUUGCGCUGCCUAAGAAAGUAUUUCCCAAGUCCCACAACGACAAGUUCAUGGCUUUUGUGGAGAAGGCAAAUACAACCAUCAAGGAGUUGAAAGAGAAUUUUUUUCCUGCAACCGAGUACGAUACCAAGACCAAGGGCUCUCGGCGAGAUGAGCCAGUAAAUCCUAUCGCGGAGGGCGUGUAUGCAAUCACACGAACUGAGAAUGCAACGUCACAUCUUGUCUACUCUACAACUAUUCCGUCCGAGCUCGGUGAAGUACAAAAGGACCUUGGUAUUAAGGAUUCGGGUAGCUUUGUCAUUAGUGCGAAGAAUCCUGAGCGCCCUGGCAAUGCAAGAGCUCAGCUACCUCAGAAACCCGACUUUCCGAAAGAGAUCAUUUCAGAGUUUCGUAACCUGGCUUGGUCAGAGGUCAAGCCAAAGUAUCUGGACUAUGAAUACUGUCAGAUAUUACUUAUUGGCGAAGAGGUUGACAGCGCCGUCGAGCCCACUAAGAAGGACCAAAAGGAUGAUAAAGAGACACCACAGGAAGAGCUGGAGAAGUUGGAGCACGAGGAUGAGCUCCGCGUCCAACACCUACAUGGUGACGACUCAGUCUUCGACGAUCUUAAGAUUGGCAAGAAAGAAUACAGUCAGAUUCCAACCACUUGGUGA